CAAACGUUCACGUGUUGCCAUCAAAGCCACAGUACUACUAUAGGCUACUGUGUGUCCAGCAGCCUUCGAGUCGAGUCAUCACGGAGUAUUUGGUGAGCGUUUUGACAAAUCGUUUGAUGGGGACAUGUAACGUCGGCGAGUCCUUUCUAUCUAUCAGGGCGCUGAUACAGGAAUACACGGUUCUUGGAGGGUACAUGCCAGUGGUUACCUAUUGUUACAUAUCCUUUCGCGCGCUGGUCAUCCGCUUUGAUCGCUCAUCCUCUAUGUUAUAAGAUGCGACUGUUAUUCUGAUCCAAAAACCUCUGCACUCUACACAUGAAUCCCACUCGUCCUCCUGUGCUAGUCGUAGGCGCUGGGCCAGCUGGUCUGGUAGCAGCGUUAACGCUCCUCCAGAACGGCAUUCCGGUUCGCAUCAUUGAUAAAGAACACAACCAUCGCAUGGGACAGCGUGGUCCUGGAAUCUGGCCACGCUCCCUCGAACUCUUCAACUUCCUGGACGUCCCAGAAGUCAACGACCUGGGCAAACCGUUCCCCAUGACCCGCUCCUACGGGCCCGGGACGUUGGAACCUCUAACGGAAUCUUCGAUGGUCCCGCAUAUGGAACCUACCCCUACGGUACCAUUCCACGUUCCAAAGCUGAUAGGUCAACAACUCCUAGAUGUGAUUCUGCGACGCCACCUCGAGAAAUUCUCGUGCUCUGUUGAGAUGGACACCGAACUGCGUUCGUUCGAGCAGUCCGACGAAGGUGUCACAGCUGUUCUAGCGAAGAACGGCACAUUGGAGACUUUUGAUACUAAGUGGAUGAUCGGCGCUGACGGUGCUAAAAGCGUCGUGCGUAAACAGCUUGGGCUUACAUUCUUGGGCGAGACUAGAGACGAUGUCCGAUUGGUCAUGGGAGAUAUUCGUUUACAUGGCGUUGGUCUUGAUAGAAAGUAUAUGCACCGAUUUGGAAACGUUACGGGACGAGGGUAUGUCCAGUUUCUGCUCUUGGGACUUGGAGAGAUGUGGAUAUUGACCCUUGGAAGCCUCACAUUGCGUCCAACAGACGAAAUUGGCGAGGAUGGCUGGCAAUUUCUUAUACCUGCAGCUGAUGUUGACCUGACGAAGCUCGCCCAGAGCGAGGAGCUAAUCAUGGAGAUCAUCACAUCGUUGUUACCUACGGAGGUCACAUUCAACAAAAUCGUCUGGGUGAGCGAGUACAGGGCCAAUAUCCGCAUGGUAAACAAGCUUAGCGAGGGCCGAGCAUUUGUUGUGGGUGAUGCUGCUCAUGUCCAGAGUCCAGCCGGUGGUCAGGGACUCAAUUCAGGUAUACAAGAUGCUUUCAAUUUAGGUUGGAAACUUGCACUCGUUGAAAAAGGACUUGCCGACAAGUCUCUUCUUGAGACGUAUAAUGCCGAGCGUUUACCUGUCAUCUCCGAGAUGCUUGAGAGGACCACCACGAUUGUCAACCAGGCAAUAAAGACAGAAAAUAUGUUCCCCCCACGAAGCACCAUCCUCUUCAUGCUUGGUAUCAAUUGCCGGUUCAGUAACAUCGUCCUUGAUGAAUUUGCAAUUCCGGGGAAGCCUAUUAAUGCCUACGGGAUACCUGACGAAGGGCAUCUGGAGGCUGGAGACAGGGCGCCCGACGCACCGAAUAUAUUGCAGGUGUGGCGUGGAGAGUCUGACGUGAAGACGCUUUUUAGUCUUUAUAGACCAUCGUAUCACACAGUGCUUGUGUUCGCGCCGAGUCUCGCAGGUGCUAAGCCGAUCUUGGGUGCGCUGGAGGCAUACGAUAAAAGCGUUGUGCGAUCGGCAGUCGUGCUGCCUUCAUCUGCAACAGGUGUCACUGUUGCAUCGGCUACUGACCUCGUUCUUGUCGAUCAGGAGGGCCAUGCUUAUUCGGCUUACCUUAUGGAAGCUGGUCAGACGAAGGUGUUUGUGAUACGACCGGACGGGGUGAUUGGGGCGAUUGUACGUGGCGCAGAAGGCGUGAAGAAGUAUUUGUCGGGAAUAUUUUUAGGUGUUUAGUGGUAUGUGCUUUUCACUUGUAUUCCUACACCUCCAUAGCAAACGUAGUUACUAAGUAGCG